AUGGCGCAUCACCCUACGCUGGAUGUCCCUGCGGUACGCGAUUUGGAGGUCGCUGCCGAAAUGUUAGAGCGGCCAGACUUAGCGUACCUACCAGAGUAUGCCGCGUUGUACCAAGCCACAAUCUCCCUCCAACCCUGGGUUUUUUAUUUUGAUGGUUUCAGAAUGGACACAUUGGCAGGGGCAGGAGUCAUGUUGGAGAACCCAGCCGGCGAUCGGUUCUCCUACUCUUUCCAGUUAGAGUUCCGGUGCACUAAUAACCAAGCAGAGUAUGAGGCCCUCAUCAUAGGCCUAGAGGUGUUGCUAGAGUUGGGAGUCAGAGACAUCCAGGUCCGAGAAGAUUCUUUACUUGUUAUUAAUCAGCUUCUCGAAAAGUUUCGGUGUACGAGUGAUUUGCUGGCACCAUAUUUGGAUCGUUCACUCGAGCUUCUGGUACAAUUUGAUGACAUGGACUUGGAACAUAUUCCUCGCGAGCGCAAUUUUGUUGCCUAUGAACUCGCGCAACUGGCUAUAGGAAUAACUUUGAAAUAUGGAGUUCGUGAGCGGAUUUUAAAAGUGGAGCGUCGCUCGCUACCUUCUUGGAUUGCCCGACCUGAUCCACCUGAAGAGCCAACGGUGGUUGUGUUAGAUCCUAUUGAUGUGGACUGGCAUGUCCCUUUGAUCGCGUAG